AUGGACGCAGAGCUCCAAGCCCCACCUUCACCAGUCUGUCUAAUCGAAGGCCAUACGACCGAGCAGGAAUGCGUGGUAUGGGUAAGGGUCCACGACCGCCAUCUCCAAGAUAUCACGAUCGCAGGCGAUAACGGCGAGAAACUCUUCUCCGAUGCCUCGGGCCGGCCAGUCUUCGACCUACGACGUAAGAUCGGGUGGCUUGUAGAAGACGCUAGUGGCAACAAGAUCGCCGAGCUGUGCCAUAAUAAAUUCUUCACGUCGCAACAUACGGCUAUUAAUGCGAAGAUCCUGGGUUCUGGCGCGGUGUUCGAGAUGCGACCGCGCGAUGCGAUGGGGUUAACGAAUUAUGUUAAUGUUGGUAAUGCGACGAUUGCGGAGAUCUCGGUUCAUUCGAACAAUAUCAAGAAGCGGUUUGUGCGGGAUCGGGAUGUCUCGGUUUUGAGGGUUCGCGUGGCUAAAGGGGUAGAUCUCAGCUUGGUCGUCUUGAUGGCAAUGGUUCGAGCGGAGAUGGCGCAUGUUUGGCAGAAAUAG